AUGAUCGAAAGAAUAAUUCAACGAUUUAUUGGCGUUUUUAUUCCUGGAAUUAUUGGUUAUUUGUUUGCGUGGUCGUCCCUUAAUGAUUCUUCUGCUGAUCAAACUUUCUCAAAAGGCGCAAAUCUUCACUUCGAAAACUUCCCGGAAAAGCCCGCUGCUCGACGAGCCGCGGAUGAAAGCAUCAGGCGCAAUACACGAAGCCUCCUUAGUUUCCCGCAAUCUUUCGGCGACGAGACUUGCGAUUGUAAGACCGAAUUCAAGGGAAACAAGGAUCUGAAGGUGAAUUACUUUGGAAACUCUUUCCUGACGGCGGAUGCAUAUGAUGAUGCUAUCAAAAGAAGAAACGCGCAACUGGAGAAAUGGAAACUUAGGACGUCGAAAAAGUCGCCGAUUCGUGAUGGAACAAUUCUUUACACUUCGAACAUUCCAAUUAUUUAUCCUUACUAUGGCCUCGAAGUCAUGCCCCUGAAAAAGCUGUCCAUUCCGCCAAUUGAACUUCUCCCACUUUUCGACGACGAAAAAAACUCGAGCGAAGGUCCAAGCACCUGCCGACCGGCGGGUCACUCGCGGUCCCAGGAGGUCGUCUGCGCGGUGAUUUACUCGCACUACGGCAAAAUCGAGCUGCAAGAAACUCCCGGCGUUCGACAAGAAGAAGAGAGCUUAACUGUGACGCUGUUCGCCGACACGCUGCAGCAGAUGAACGAGGCUUUAGCUUCGAUUACCUUCAAAUCCACCAAAUACGACCCAAAAGGCUCCACCGACGUCAUCACCAUCCGCUACGGUCCUCACAAGGCCCAAAUCCCACUCGACAUCAAAUACCCAAAACAACCUCUUCUGAUGGAUCCGAAAAGUGGCUCCAUCGCGGACACGGUCACGAUCUGCGUGAAAACAUUCGACCGCUAUCCCUGCCUUCGUAAUUUGAUUAAAAGCGUCAAAGAAGUCUAUCCCGACGUUCGGAUCAUUGUUGCGGAUGAUUCGAUCAAUUAUGAAGAUCUUGGGAUCAAAGGAGUCGACCAGUUCAAAAUGCCCAGAGGCAUCGGAUUCAACAAUGGAAAGAACUUGGCGAUUUCGCAGGUGACGACGGAGUAUUUCGUCUGGGUCGAUGAUGAUUUCUUCUUCACUGAAAACACGAAUCUCGAAUGGAUGAAAGAAGUGCUAGAAACGACUGAUUUGGAUUUGGUUGGUGGGAAAGCAGGAGCAUCCAAUUGGGGCUACACAUCGACAUUCGACCGACUUUCUGGAGGAAGCGAAGGUGAUUGCCUCUACCGAACCUUCGGCUCCUACGGCGUUCUGGACUCCUACCCAACUUGCAAGAUCGCUGAUGUAAUUCAAAACUUCUACAUGGCCCGUACACUUUCCAUCCGUUCCAUCGGCUUCGACGGCAUUUUCCAGCGAAUCAGCCACAAAGAAUUCUUCCUCGACGCUCUUGGUCGCGUCAAAAUUGCUUUCUGCGAUAACAUCAGUGUUGGUCACUCUCACAGCUGCUUCCGAACGCAAAAGGCAGCGGACGACUACAAAAAAUACCGAGAGCCGGGAGACGAGGAACUUCAGUUCAUCGACCGAACAUGGUUCUACCGAUACAAUAUCAAAUGCAUCGCCGAGAAAAAACGACUUGGGAACAAUAAUUUCUUCAAUAUUCCAACUACCCCUCAGCCGACCGUUCCUGGCGGCCUGAGAUGA